AGAGCUUGUUUAUCGCUACACUCUUGUUGUGUUUGGCUGCCGCAGUUUAUUGCGCUCCAAUCACUGCUGAAGACCAUGAAACCAUGGCUAUUAACUUUAAGAUGAUUAACGAAAUUAAUAGUGAUCCAUCUUCUACUUGGAAGGCUGGUGUCAAUAGAAAUUUGGCUGGUAAGACCGUUGCUGAAAUGAAGAGAUUGUUGGGUUUUGCCAAGAAGGAAGGUCAAGUUAGAUACUCUGAAGAACAAAUGACUACUAUCAAGCACUACAAUGAAGCUAAGGCUUCCGCUGUCAAGUCUGUUGGUGUUGAAGAAGCUUCCAAGCAAUUCAAGACUCUUGGUCUCCCAACUAACUUUGAUUCUAGACAACAAUGGGGCAAGUGUAUUCACCCAAUUAGAAAUCAAGAACAAUGUGGUUCUUGUUGGGCUUUCUCUGCUUCUGAAUCUCUCUCUGAUAGAUUCUGUAUUGCUUCUAACGGAAAGGUUGACGUCAUUUUGUCCCCUCAAGAUAUGGUCUCUUGCGACUACAAUGAUAUGGGAUGUGAUGGUGGUAAUUUGGAUAAUGCUUGGUGGUGGAUGAAGAACAAGGGUAUCGUCCCAGACUCAUGUAUGCCAUACGUCUCUGGUGGUGGUAACGUCCCAGCUUGUCCAUCAAACUGUAAUGGUACUAACAUUCCAAUUUCCUCCCAACUUUACUAUGCCAAGUCAUUCUCUCACAUUUCUCCAUGGAUGUUCUGGGAAAGAGUUGCUGAUAUCCAACAAGAAAUUUACACUAACGGUCCAGUCCAAGGUGGUUUCAGUGUUUACCAAGAUUUCAUGAACUACAAGUCUGGAGUUUACUCACACAAGACUGGUUCUUUCUUGGGUGGUCACGCCAUCAAGAUUAUUGGUUGGGGUGUUGAAGGUGGUGUUGAUUACUGGUUGGUUGCCAACUCUUGGUCAACUGAUUGGGGUAUUGACGGAACUUUCAAAAUUUUGAGAGGACACAACGAAUGUGGCAUUGAAGAUGAUGUUUAUGCCGGUCCAGCAGACCUUUCAAGAGUUCCAAAGUAAAUGUAAUAAACAUUGCAUCUUGAAUUGAUUCUAAUC